AUGGCGAAAUCCUCAGUAAGCAUGAAACUCCUGAUUGACAAGGAAGCCGGAAGGGUACUGUAUGCGGAGGCAAGCAAAGACUGCGUUGACUUCCUGUUCUACGUACUCUCUUUGCCUGUGGCCAAGCUCAUAAGUCUUGUCGGAAAGCAACAAAUGGUGGGCUGUCUGGCAAACCUCUACGACAGCAUAGAAAAUCUGAACGAUUCAUACAUACAGCCAAACAGGAACAAGAACACCUAUCUGAAACCAGCUGUUAUCAUCCCUCCAACUUCGUGCUCCUACGUUCCUCUGCUUGCUCUCGAAGAUUCUUUCUACACCUGUAAUAACCCGACCGCUGUUUGUCCGAGUUGCCGGCGGUUUGUAAACAUGGCCAUGCAUUAUGUUUAUCCACGUGGGAAGAAACGGUAUUGUGAAGAAGGUGUUGGGUUUGUUAGAGGGGUGGUGAGUUAUAUGGUGAUGGAUGACUUGGUGGUCAAGCCCAUGUCUACUAUCUCCACCCUGACUCUUCUCAACAAUUUUAAUGUUAAGGAAGUUGGUGCUUUGCAAGAAAAAGUUGUCCAUCUUGGAAUGCCUCAGGCGGUGAAGUUGUUGAAGGCUUCUCUUGAGACUGACAGGGUUCUUACCACCGUGUUCUUGAAGGGUCCUCGUUGA